CCAUUUCGGGGCUUUCGGUAAAUCUGUCUCGCACCCGCUCGUUCUGCAAAGCGGCCAAGCUAGCAACUGGCCACGCUCCCGUCCCUUCGCAGAUAGGGCGACUCGUUUUAACGAUCGAAUCAGAGAUAUGGCGUACCCUCAGCGCCCUCCGCCACAGCGCGCCCCUCCUCCCGUUAGACAGUACGGCAACCGGCCACCGCCACCGCCGAACCGUGGAUGGCACGAAUAUGGUCAGGGUGGUUACAAUGGCCCUCAAGGAGCCGCUUAUGAUGAGUAUGAUUCAUAUCAAUACGGCGGCCCCGAAGGAUAUCAUGCGCGGGACGACUACGGACAUUAUGAGGCUCAGCAUCGACAGAGGCCACCGCCGCCCCGUGGCCACCCUCCCCACGCGCACGAGUACAACGGCUAUCCAAAUCCCCAACGACGCCCUCCCCAGCCUGCGCCAAACAGACCGCCAAAUCGUCCUCCACCUUUCCGCAACCCAACAAAUGAUGGCAUCGAGCCCGCCCCUAGAUCCGCCAAUUCUUUGAAAAACAGGCCGUGGGAUAGUCCAUUUCCAGCUUUCCCAACGAAGAAACGAGGAAACUCUUUUGACCUAGGCAUUGAGCCAGGUAUGGGAGCUUUGGACAUCAGCGACGGGCCAGGCGCUGUCAAGCCUCCAGAGAUGCGUCCACAUACAUCGAAUUCUAACCAUCAACGACCUCCCCAAUAUCACCACCAUCAGGACCCACUUCCUCCCUUGAUCACCAACCGUCAACCAGGGUGGCCCAUUGCCGACUCUCCAGCUCAGGAUUCAUAUUCAGCACCUCCUGAGCAUGUCACGCCCGAGUUGUUGCCCCCUAAACGCAGUGCAACGAUGCCAAUGAACGCACCGCCCUCGACGGGCCAGCCAAGAUACCCAGGACAGCAAUCAUGGCAAGAACCCCGUUCUAGCUUUGAGCAAGGAGGUCCCGGGGCCAUCCCUCCCAGACCUGCAACCACCACCGGAGUAAAACCAGAGGCCUCUGCACCCCCGAGCGUACCUCCCGUCCCCGAGGAACAUAACGCUGCCGCCGCUAGUAAAAGUGACGAAGAUAAUGACGACACUGACGAUUUCUUUGACCACUAUCUGGACUCUGGUGAUCAGGAAACUGAUAUGCCCAACUUUAGUGCCAUGGACAACUCUGGGGCUGGGGGAUCUCGUGAAGAAUCCCUGAUACCUCAAGACAAUUCCAAGGGACCUGAUACCUCUCAGGCGGACCCCAAGCCAGCAUAUACCGCCUAUCAGCCGCAAAAUGGAAUCAUACAGCCGUACCGACCACCACCAGUGAGCCAGAGCCAAUAUGAAGAACCUGGGUACCAGUACGAUCAACCUCAAAUGUCUCCUCAUUUCGCUCCACAAAACGAUGGUUAUGGCUAUCCGGCGGACGACCCUUACUCGAGACCACCGGAAAAUCGUGGAAUGACCCCACGCCCAGGUCCAGGUCCAGGUCCAGGUCCAGGUCCAGGUCCGGGCUCGGGCAGGCCUGGUUAUGCACCGCGGCCUCCUCCGAAUCAAUACCAGCAACCGAUGCCUAACGAUAUUGGACGCCGGCCAUCACUUGAUUAUAGACACGGGUACCCUAACCCCCAGGAUAUGCAGAUGGGAGGGCGAGGGCAAUACCCUCCUCCCGACGCCAUUCCUCACAACCGCGUUCCCUUCCGUCCUGGCCUUGAUCAAGCGUCGAAGCCGGCGCCGGUGAGACAGUAUGACAGUCAGUCAGGUGUUGCGCCACAGCCAAGACCAGGUUCCACCGCCCCACCAGGCGCCGAUCCGGGACAUAUCACCCUCGACGAGCUCAGACGACUCCAGCAAGCUGCUCGAAGCAAUCCCUCAGAUCACCAAACACAGCUACUCCUCGCGAAAAAACUAGUCGAAGCGUCUGUCUACCUCAUCGACGAUGGCGGUAGAGCCGACACCAAGACCAGAAACAAGAAUCGCGAACGAUAUAUCUUGGAUGCCCACAAGAUCGUGAAGAAACUCGUGAGCUCGGGCUACCCCGAUGCCAUGUUUUACUUGGCGGACUGUUACGGCCAGGGCCACUUGGGAUUGGAGGUCGACCCGAAGGAGGCUUUCAAUCUGUACCAGUCAGCGGCGAAACUGGGCCAUGCUGAAUCCGCCUACCGGCUUGCCGUGUGCUGCGAGAUGGGCCACGAGGGAGGCGGAGGCACAAGAAGAGAUCCCAUGAAGGCCGUACAGUGGUAUCGUCGAGCCGCCGCCUUCGGGGACACCCCUGCAAUGUACAAGAUGGGAAUGAUAUUGUUGAAGGGCCUUCUGGGGCAGGCGAGGAAUCCUAGAGAAGCGCUAUCGUGGCUGAAGCGGGCAGCUGAACGUGCCGAUGCAGAUAACCCCCACGCGCUUCAUGAGCUGGCACUCCUUUAUGAGAAUCCCAGCGGAAAUGACGCCAUCAUCCGCGACGAAAAUUACGCACUGGAAUUGCUGCAUCAAGCUGCAGAUCUGGGGUACAAGUUCUCCCAGUACCGUCUUGGCGCUGCUUACGAGUACGGUCUCAUGGGCUGCCCCGUCGAUCCGCGCCAGAGCAUCUUCUGGUACACGCGUGCCGCUGCGCAGGGAGAGCACCAGAGCGAGCUGUCGCUCAGCGGAUGGUAUCUCACCGGAGCGGAGGGCAUUCUCCAGCAGAGCGACACAGAAGCGUAUCUCUGGGCGCGCAAAGCCGCUGUAGCCGGAUUGGCGAAGGCGGAAUAUGCGAUGGGUUAUUUCACCGAGGUGGGGAUUGGCGUUCCUGCGAACCUGGAGGAUGCAAAAAGAUGGUAUUGGAAGGCAUCAUCACAAAAUUUCCUCAAAGCCCGUGAGCGUCUUGAGGAUCUGAAGCGUGGCGGCGCGAAAAUGCAGAAGACAAGGGUAUCGCGGUCAGCUGUCAGCAAGCAGCAUCAGAAUGAUGCAGACUGUGUUUUAAUGUGAAUGACGCACACUCCGUAGUCCCGCAGUACCUUUAAGCCAUUGUGAACAGUCUUUUUCGACACAACUGUUAUUGGUUUCUCGCACUUCCCCUCAACGAUAGACCUCCGGCAGGCCUAUUUUGCUUUUUCCUCUUUUUCGGACCGCCUUUCAACAUAUCUACCUUUGGCAAACGUACAUACAUAACAUCCCGUGCUGGAUCUGUCUUCGGGUACUUUUCAUUCGAGCGCGUCUUGAGUCCGUACGGAGCCCAAUAACUUGUGUUACCCCUUUUUUGUUUUUUUUCUUUCUCCCUAUUUUUACUCUGAGACGAAAAUCUCGCAUGCUGACCUGAUCGAGCAUAUUUGAAGAAACAAACGAGUUGCAUGAGGAAGUGGAUACUAAUGAAAGAAAAUGCCGGGCCGGAUAUGGGUUGUAAUAUAGAUAUCACUCCGUGCAGACGUUGCCCAUUAUGAGGUCUCAAUUAACGUAAUCUAUCGCUGA